CGCAAGGAGCCGGGACUCCGGACUUCAUUUCCCAGGCUGCCGCGCGCCCGACCGGAAGUGUUGCGAGCCUAUAAAAGGGCGGAGCGGCCCCGCACGUUUAUUCUAGGGCGGCGGUGGCAGCUGAAAAGAUAGCCCUACAAGUGGUAAGUGAUCUGCUCAAGGUGCCUCUCUUCAUAAGAAUUAGAGCCCAGGCCACCACUCCAUCAGCCUGCCACUAGGCCUAAAGGAGUGCCUGACCAGAAUGGCUGUGGGAAGGUUUUACCUGUCUGUCCUGGCGCUGUCAUCCUUGGGCUCGAUGUGUAUCCUCUUUACCAUCUAUUGGAUGUGGAACUGGCACGGUGGCUUUGCCUGGGAUGGCAGCAUACACAUGUUCAACUAUCACCCGGUGCUCAUGGUUGCUGGCAUGGUGGUGGUCUACGGUGCUGCAUCACUGGUGUACCGCCUGCCCCAGUCAUGGGUGGGGCCCAAGCUGCCCUGGAAAAUCACCCACGCAUCCCUGCAUCUGAUGACCUUCAUCCUGACCGUGCUGGGGCUGGUGGCCGUCUUUAGAUAUCACAACGAUAACCAUAUUGCCAACCUCUACUCCCUGCACAGUUGGUUGGGCAUCACCACCGUUGUCAUCUUCGCCUGCCAGUGGUUCCUGGGCUUUGCCGUCUUCCUGCUGCCCUGGGCAUCCAUGUGGCUGCGCAGCCUCCUUAAACCUGUCCACGUCUUCUUUGGAGCCUCCAUCCUCUCUCUGGCCAUUGCAUCUGUCAUUUCCGGCAUUAAUGAGAAGCUUUUCUUCAGCUUGAAAAAUGCCACCAAGCCGUACUCCAGCCUGCCUGGUGAGGCUGUCUUUGCCAACAGCACUGGGAUGCUGGUGGUGGUCUUCUGGCUGCUGGUCCUCUAUAUCCUUCAGGCUUCAUCUUGGAAACGCCCAGAAGUAGGGAUCACGACCGAAGGACAGCUGCUGCUACAGCUGGGACCUGGGUCCCAGCCUUUCCUUGUGACUUACAUGCCUGUCACUCUCAGGCAGCCCAACGAGCCCUGGUAACCUGCUGUCCCCAGCUGCCCCAACAGGUCUCAGUAGCAGGGGUGGCCUCAGACUACCUUUACUUUCCUUCACCAGAUUAGGGCUUCCCUGUCUAUCUCGGGCAGGUUCAACCUUGCUCUCUUGGCAAGGCCCUAGCCCAGCUAAUUUGCACACUCCGGCCCACCAUGACACGUGCCAAAGUUGUGGUGCUUUGUAGUCAGCAGAGCCUAGAAACCAUGGCCACCUUCAAAGACGUUUUUUGCUGAGCAUCAGAGUGCCUCACCUACCCCCGACAAUGGCUGUUUGCACGGCCAAAGCCUGUCUUGUGCAUCAUGCCAGAGUUCCAGCUGCAGCUCUCUUCCUGUGGAGAAACCGGUGGGGAGAGAGGAGUCUGACUCCUCUCCUACGUGUUGGUGCUAUGGCUUUUCCUGCCUCCUCCAAAUGAGUCCUGGGUGCCAGGCGCCACACUGCUGUGCUUAGUUAGCAAGCAGCAUGAUGCCUAGGUUCUCAAGUGUGCUUACUCUCUGGCCAGUGGCAAUGACUGGCCACUUCAACCCCACAUGGCCAGAUGCUGGCAGGAGGACUAUGCCUGAACCUCUCUAGUGACUGAAGGCUCCAAAGCCAUUGGGAUGACUGUCAGGCAGCUCGGUCACAUGACCACCCCCCUUACCACAUGGGUAGGCAUUUCACGUGUUUAUGAAGCCUGAUUUUCAUUAAAUAUGUUUUUAAGAA